UGUAAAAGAAAACAUUAUUGGGCAGCCCAACCUGCCUCGUGGGUGGAAAACAUUAUUGUUCAGGAAAAAUAAGGUGAGGAGAAUGAUUCGAGUGCCGACAAUUAGCCUAAAUGCUGUCGAUAUCCCACCGGACGAGUACCCGUCGAGGAAGUACGGCCAGAGACCGAUCAGGGGCUCGCCAUACCCACCUCCGAAGCACCUCUCGAACA